AUGAUCAACACAGUCAUCAAACAAGAGCCUGUGCUGGACAACUACACCCAAAACAUGAUGCCACACCACGCAAACCUGUCCUGCACCACCACCACCCUCGACCUCACUGACAGCACCAUCACCUUCAAUGAAUUUAUAAAGAAAUAUGGCAGUUUAAUACCACUCUGUGAAAAAGAUGUCCUGAAGAGAUUAAAAGAAGUCUUUAAUGAAGAUUUAUCCCAGAGAAAACCUUUUAUCACCAGAGAAAUCAUGAAAUAUCAAGAAAAACAUCCAAAACCCUCCACUUACAAUUUCCAAGUCUCCUAUAAUAAACACAUACUGGAUAUGGAUGAUUUAACUACACUGGAAGGCCAAAACUGGCUGAAUGACCAAAUAAUUAACAUGUAUGGUGAACUCAUAAUGGAUGCAGUCCCUGAAAAGGUUCAUUUCUUUAACAGUUUUUUUCAUAGACAGUUCGUAACCAAAGGAUAUAAUGGGGUAAAACGAUGGACUAAAAAGGUAGACUUAUUCAAAAAGACUCUCUUCUUAAUUCCUAUUCACCUGGAAGUCCACUGGUCCCUCAUUGUUGUGAAUGUCACCAGUCAAAUUAUUUCAUUUUAUGAUUCCCAAGGCAUUCAUUUUCAGUUUUGUGUGGAGAACAUUCAAUGGUAUUUGCUGACUUUCAGUCAGGAGAAGAAUCACCCCGAGUUCCUUCAAGGUUGGCAGACUGCUGUGACAAAGUGCAUUCCACAACAGAAAAAUGACAGUGAUUGUGGAGUUUUUGUACUCCAGUACUGCAAGUGCCUCACCUUAGACCAACCUUUUCAGUUAUCCCAAGAAGAUAUGCCCCAAGUGAGAAAAAGAAUUUACAGGGAGCUGUGCGAACACUAGCUAAUAGACUAAUAAAAUGCAGACAACCUAAUUUAUCUAGUAUUUCUGACAAGUUGCAGUUAGUGUUUGUGUACUUGAAUUUCUGAAAACGUCCAAGAAUUUUGAGCAAUUCUCAGCUGAGUGGUCUGACAACUGU